CCGAAAGACCACGUGGCCGGCUAGGGCAAGUACUGAGCAGGGACAGAAGCUAGCCCCAGGGGGUGACAGGUUGCCCGGCGGGAUAGGAAAGGCCAGCCUCACCCUGAGUGCCCUCCCUCCGCGAUGGGCGUGCAGCCUCCCAACUUCUCCUGGGUGCUCCCGGGCCGGCUGGCCGGGUUGGCGCUGCCGCGGCUCCCCGCGCACUACCAGUUCCUGCUGGACCUGGGCGUGCGACACCUGGUGUCCCUGACGGAGCGCGGACCCCCUCACAGCGACAGCUGUCCGGGCCUCACGCUGCACCGACUGCGCAUCCCUGACUUUUGCCCGCCGGCCCCGGAACAGAUCGACCAAUUUGUGAAGAUCGUGGACGACGCCAACGCCCGGGGAGAGGCUGUUGGAGUGCACUGUGCCCUGGGCUUUGGCCGCACCGGCACCAUGCUGGCCUGCUACCUGGUGAAGGAGCAGGGCUUGGCAGCAGGAGAUGCCAUUGCUGAGAUUCGGCGCCUACGGCCAGGAUCCAUUGAGACCUAUGAACAAGAGAAAGCUGUCUUCCAGUUCUACCAGAGAACGAAAUAAGGGACCUGACAGCUCCCCAACUCCCCUGCUGCAUGUGGAAAAUGUGGCCAGGGAGGACGGGAAGUACUACAUCCCUCAGCCCCCUUUGGCUCCUAUCGGACAGAAGUAAUCUUUCCCCAAAGCCACAACCUGAUUGACAGAAGGGCGGAGACCCCAUGAAUAUGAGUUAAUAACUAAUAAGAACUCAUUUGCACUGCAUAGCAUUUACACAGCACUCCCAAUACAUCAACUCCACAUAGCCCUGGGUCAUAGAAAAGAUACAAAAUGAUGUCUGUUCUUUGGAUGAGGUGGCUAGAGCUCAGAAAGGCCUGUGGUCACAAUUCUGGAAAAUAGAAGGAUGGGCCAGGACUAUAACAUACUCUUUUGUCUCCUUGAAGAUGCUGAAAUUCUAGGCACCGUUCCCUGAUCAUAUGUGAUGCCGUUUCUGGAGGCCUGGUCAAUGGAAGAGAUCCAUGUCUCUGGCCACCCAGCUUCCAAGCAGCCUCAGGGCUCUACACUCCCACGUGAGGAGUGCCCUUUUGAUUGUCACUCCGUAUGUGGGUUCAUCUGCUCCGCUUGAGUCACCUUUGUCCCUCUCAGGGUCAGAAGACUUGGAUGACCCAGAUAUACCCCCCCACCCCCCCCGCUUUCUCUCCCUUUCUCCCCCUCCCCCCCUCCACCACCCUCUCUCCCUCCGACUCUUUCCCCUUCUCUUCUUCCCUCCCCUCUCCACCACCCUCUCUCCCUCUCCCCCUCUGUUCCUCUCUCCCUCCAGCCCUAGCCACUUCUUACCAGCCUCAGAUGCACUCAGCUCAUCUGUUACCUCCAGCCCCUGUGGCAUCCCCAGCCUCAGGCCAAGGAAUGCGGGAACUGAGUCUUGGUGCUUAUACAGAGUGAAUAUUAAGUAAUCAAAUAAAUAACUAUGAGGCUGUGA